GUGUUGGUGGUAGGAAAGUGAUGGAAAGUGGCCAUGGGUGGUGGUAAAGGUUUAGAAAAAACAGUAGAGAGCAAAUAUAGUGGAGAAAUAUAGAAGAAAAAUGGGAAAAAGAAAAAAAAAAUUUGUCCCAUGUAAGGGUCACAUGACAAUUUCUGUUAGUGAAUGUGACAUAAGAGCUGAAAGGCCACAUUGCAACUUGACCAAAAGUGCAAACAGUUGACUGUUACAUGUGGAAAAUGGGGGACGAAAGUGAGAUUCGGUGUAAAAUGCAGCGGUGUAAGAAAUCACAUAUAUUGGAGCUCCGCUGCAUACCUGAGGCAUUACCAUAUUUUGUUACCCCAAAGGCGGUCGAUGAAAAUUCACCACUUUUACAACAACUGCCGCACUGGGCUGCUUGUUCAAUCACACAGGCUCUUGAGUUUCUUACUCCAGCAUAUAAAGGUCAUCCACGUGUGAUGGCCUAUGUUCUCAGAGUUUUGGAGUCUUACCCUUCUGAGCGAGUAACCUUCUUCAUGCCACAGCUAGUACAGGCCCUACGAUAUGAUGAAGAGCAAUUAGUCGAAGGUUACUUGCUUAGAGCUGCUCAAAGAAGUGACAUAUUUGCUCAUAUACUGAUAUGGCAUUUACAGGGUGAGACAGAAGAAUCUGGGAAAGAUGCAGGUUUGGGGAAGGUAUGUGUCUUAAAAAAAUACUCGGCAUCAUUAUCCAAUACUCUGAACAUCUUGUUAAUAUCAAUUUCUGAUUUUUCAUAUUUUUGUUGUUCAUAUUAAAAAUAUGAGGAGGCAUUUUAUUUGAGUAAUUGGAUUUAGGGCUGCAACUUGAGUGGGUUUAGUUGGACUGGAAGCUUAUCCAAUUGUGUCUUGCUCGCCCAAGCUGAAACAAAACUGAGAGAGCUCGAGUGAAGUUUGGGUUGCCUGAAUUAAUAGUGUAAUACAAAAAUAUUUGAAAGUUGAAUCAGGGUGUAUUCCUGAAUGUUGUCAUAAACAGAGAAACACUCAUCCAAACAUAUAUGUACAUACAUAUAGGUAGAGACCUAGACGGCAUAUCGAUUACUGUGACAGGGACUUGAUCAGGGUACAUAUCAUCGGGCUAGAGGUCGACGGCCAAGACAAGGCAACAUUGGUCGGAAAUGUAUUUAUUGAGGUCACCGGUGAUGAUGAUAUGAACACGAAUGUGCAUAGUUCGCUUUACAAUUGUGCCACCUAAGUUAAUACAAGAUAUAUACACAACUAUAUAUAUGCACAGGAGAUUAUGAUUGAUUUGAUGGAAAAAAACCCUAGGCAUUGUGAGUGAAGCCCAAUUUGAAUAAAUGAACUGAAUAGAUAAAUGCACGCGUGCUGACCUUGUUGGGAAUAGCAGGGGUCACCGAAACCCUAGGAUGGGGGUGCUGGUGGAUGCUUGAGAAAGAGGAUUUUGAAUGAAAGAUUUGAAGAGUGGGAUGACUUGAAUAUUCUUGGACAUUUGAGUGUGCAACAUAAAUGUUUGUGGGCUUCUCUCUCUCUCUAAUACAUAAGUAUAUAAUAUACAAAUCAGACUUGGGUUGUUCAGAUUGCCAAACUCCUUAUUCUAGGUGUGGAUCAAAUUCAAUUUGGGUUAGAAAAAUCCAGCCAAAGCCUGAACUGAAGAAAAACAAAAUGCUAUCUAGGAUUGAGAGUGUUUCUGGUUGCUUUAGUUCAACCAACCCAAUUUGCACCUCUAAUUGGAUUGAUUUAAACUUUUGUUGGGUUCUUCAUGUGCCUUAACAUUUUUUUUAUUAGCAACAAAGAAGUUUUAUUAAAAAGAAAUAAGAAAAGUACCAAGGAGCACCAGAAGUCGUCUAAAAAUAAAGAAAAAUAAUGAAAAUUACAUCUCAUACAUAGCCUUACAAUAUCUAAUAAUGAAGAACAAGGGUACUCUAUUAAAAGAAAGUGGCACCAACUCCAAAAAAAGGAGACAAGUAACAAAAUUUAUCAUAUAGACCCUUUGUCUUUGAACUAGGAAAAUUGUCAAUUCUUUCCAACCAUAUUACCAACAAAACUUGGUGCUGUUCUAUUAUUCCAAACCUACUAAAAUCAACCAAUAGCAUCUGAACACUUGAAGAAGGUACCCCAAUCGACCUCCGCUAACCCAAACAAUCUCCUCCAUAAUGGUGAAGUUGUGGAACAAUGCAAAAAUAAAUAAUCAUUACUGUCAUCAUCAUUCCUACACAUGACACACCACUAUAGAUGCCAAAAUCAAUUAGGUCUCAUUUCCUGAAUCAAUUAGAUUCUUUGAGUGGCUCAUUUGCAUUCCCAAUCUUCUUACAAGGAUCAAAGAUUGGUACACUUGGAUUAUCAAUAAUGUUUUCAAAGUAGAAUUUGCAAGAAAAUGCUCUAGAAGAGUGAAUACUCCACAUUCUUUUAUCUUUACCCUAUUGUCUCAAUGAAACGUUAUCAAGGAUACGAAUGUAAAGGUUUUUCAAGAAAUUGAAUAAGAGGAAACCAUUGAUGCAAUGAAAACUUUAUGGAAAUGAGAUAAACAAUACAAAUGAGAAAAAAAAUGAGCAAAUGGAAUCUCAGCUGAGUAUACAUCCUCCCCAAAAUGAAUGUUUUCUCCAUUAGCCACAACAAAAUGAAUAAACUGAGAGAAUUGAAAUUUGCCUUGAGAAAUGAAUUUACAUGGAAAUCUUGAAUUCUCCCAAUUAUCCAAAUGAAAAUCUCAACCCUUAUGUUGAAUCCCAUGCUUACUUUUAAUUAGUGUCAUAAAGAAUUGAGCUCACCAAGAAACCUCCAUAACCACUUACUAAGCAAUAUAAUGUUAUUUCUAAAAUAUAUGCCAAAAGCAAGCCCUACUUUUAUUCUUAGGAAGAGAUACUACAUCCCAACUAAUCAAAUGUCCUUUCUCCCUUCUCUACUUCCUUCCCACAAAAAAAACUCUCAUUAUUUUCUCAAUUUUGUUUGUUACUCUCAUUGGAAUUCUAAAUAAAUAGAAAUAAAAAAUAGUUACACUAGACAAAACCAAUUAAUCCAAAGUAAGCCUUCUCCCUUUUGAU